AAAUUUAUAAUGUUAGUACUUAGUAUGUUACAUAUGAUUAUUGUUAUACUUAUAAUGUAGGGUAAUCAUCAGUGGCGUAUAUAGGGGGGAGGCCCUCUAGGCCAGAGCCCAUAGUGAAAUUGCAGGUUUAAUUAAACCAUUUCAUGUAUAUACACACUGUUUACAGUUUUCCACCAUGAUUAAAAUCGUUUUUAGGAAUCAACAAGGAAAUGUUAGAUUGUCAGGACUUGCUUUGAUGACUUUUGUGUGUUAAAUUCACAAUAAGAUAACAUUAAAAUAUAUAUGUAUAUAUGAAAUUGUCAAUAUUUUUUUAAAAAUGAAUUUUACACAAUAAUUAUAAAAUUAUAUUUUGCAAUUUGUAUUUGUAUUUAUAACCACCCAGCUCUAUAAUAAAUGUAUAGUUAUGGCUUUGUUAGUCGCGCUAUGCUGACUAUUGAUAAAUUGGCCCAUAGUGAAAAUAAUUAGUAUAUACGCCACUGGUUAUCAUAUAUUAUGUAAUUAUUUAUGUGUGACAUUUUAAAUUUUUUAUAUUGUUUGAAUAUAGGUAAGCGGCAUGAACUUAGUAAUUAAGAAUCUGUAUCUGUUCGAUAAAAUUAAUCAAGUUAUGAAGAAAUAAGUAUUUAAACCAAUUUGUAUAAAGUAUUGCAUUGUACAUACUUUGGUACAUAAAAAUUUAAAACAAUUUUUUUAACUUUUGGAAUCUGAGCGUUUUGUUUUCUUUGUUAUAUUUUAAAUAUCUAUGAUAUAACCGUAACAUUUAUUCAAUUUUCUUUUGGAAUUCAAAAUAUAUUUAGGUCAAUAUUGUACAUGUCAAAAACAAUUUGUGCAACAAUACAAAGGCAACAAGAAAAUUGAAUCUCCGCUUCAACGUCCAUUGGAGAAUAUAAAUGAAAUGUUAAGCUGGAUCAAAAUGAAGAAACGUCGUUUGUUUGAUGAAAUUUAUACAAGCCAAUCACCUAUAAAUGAUAUACAAUCAAUGAAUAGUAAGAGUGAUACAUUCAAAGACCUGCCAAAGGAAAGUCUUAACUAUGUUGGACUACCAAAUUCAUUUUAUAAUAGUACACUGAAAGUAUUAGAGGAAUAUGUGAAAGAUAAAAAACAAAAAAAGAGUAAAUCAAACAAUAACAAUUGGAUUAAUAUAGAAUUGAUGAGAUACAUAUGUAAUUUAUUAAAAAUGUCGCCUAACGAAAUAGAUAACCUUUCAGUGUCGUCAAACUCAGGUGUUCAAUUAGAACAAAGUAUUUUGGAAAUUUCCAAAUCCAAUUUGGAGUAUCAUAAAGACAUUUUGAAUUAUAUAUCAAAGUGCUUGGACAGUAAUCUGAGUGACAUUAGUCGAGACCAGGCUUUUAGUUCGCCUCAAUACAUCGGUUUGUUAGAUAAACUUUAUAAGCUUGCCGAUUAUUACACAGAGAAGGCACAAGAAAUGCGGAACAUUUGCUUGGAGUCUCCUAGGGUCGAGAUUAAUAGCUUGGAUGAAGAUUCCGUUGAACAAAUUACAGAAGACAAUCCCAGUUUAAAUUCAGAAUUGUCUGUGGAUGGAGCAUAUGUUUUGGAUCAUUUGCGUACACUAUUAGAACAAAGAGGGUUAAUUUGUGCUGAUAGAGAAUGGCCUAUUUUUGGAAAUAAUGACGAAGACGAUAGCAGAAGCUUAACGGAUCAGCUUCUGGAUAUUAAACCACAAAUUAAAUCUAAAGAUAUUAAAGUAGAAGGUUCUGAAAAAGAGGGGCGAUUACCGGUUUUUGUUCGAUCAGAUGCUUCGCCCACCAGGUUUGGAACAAAGCCACGCCCAUGUACACAAGUCAGCCGCAUGGUACUUUAUUCUGAAUAGAGUAGUCUUGAGUUGUACAAAAAUAUGUAAAAAUUAUUCCAAGUAUGAUUACUUCACGUAAUAGUACAUAAUAUAAUUAAAAUGUUUGUAAAACCAUAUUAUUUAAGGAUUAUUAUCAUUAGUAUAGAUAUUUCAAUAACUCACUAACUACUUAUUAGAAUUUUGAUUUAGAUACAUAAACAUUUUCGAGAAAAUCACCUGGUAAAUAAUUUACAGUUAAAAAAGAUGGAUUCACAAUUAAAAAAUAAAAGUUUGUAUUGCCACAGGCCACUCCUUAAUUAGCACAAAAAAUAUCAGGAAUUUGAAAAUAUCUUUAAUUAAAAAUUCUAAUAAUGAGAAUUUAAAUAAAAGUAUUAUUUUUAGUGGAAAAAUGGGUCACCAUUUUAAAAAAUCACAAUUGUGAUCGAAUAAAUAACCAAAAAAUAUUUUAAAAAUAAAUUAUUAAUUUUUUUUGUUAAGUCCUAGUAGUUGCAGAAUUCCACACCCAAAUAGUAUUUAUUGUCAAGAUUGUGGAGACUUAAACCAUUCACAUUUUAGUAACUAAAUAAAUAUUUUGGUAUUAAUAAAUGUUAUUUUAACCACUGAUGUCAAUCUUUUUUUUUUUUUAAAGAUUUAUAAGUACUUCUAAAUAAGAAGUUACUUAAAAACACUCAUCCAUCGUUUUGUAUUUCAGUGUUCAAAUAGAAAAUGUCUUAAUACAAUGAAAUACAUAAUAUUAAAAGUUUUAUAUAUCUGAUAAUAUAAAAUUAAAGUAUAUGAAAAAAAAAUUCAAUUUUAAGAUAUAACCAUCUCUGAUCUAUUUUUCUCUUUUUUUUUCCUUUUAAUUUUUGGUACAUUGAUGUAGUUAAACCAUUAAACAUAAAAAUAUUAAUGAAAGCAUAAUAUUACAAAAGUAAAGAGGAUAAUAUAUCUCAACACUCAAUCCAAUACUUUAUUUACAUAGCUUAAAAAUCUUUGUGUACUAUCUAAACAUGUCUUGUAAAUAUAUUUACACAAGAUUAUUUUGCUCAAAAAACUCCUUAAUUUACAGAACAUCAUCAUCUAAAAUACAGAGAAAAAUAUAAUAUAGUUCGCGUAAAUAUAUUUUUAUAUAAUAAUAAUAAUCAUAAUAAUAAUAAUAAUAAUAAGUAAAUCGAAAAUAAUUUCAUACUUAAAUGGUUCCAACUAAAUUAAUUUUUUUUUAAACGAUUAAUAUUUUGUUUUUAUUUUUAAUAAUUAUAGAUAAUGAAAAAGAACAUAAAAUCAUUUCUAAAAUAGCUAAUAACCAACUAUAUAUAAAAACAUGAUGAGCACGACUUACAACAAUUCAUGAAAACUAUGGGAAGCAAAAAAAAAAAAAAAAAUUAACAAGUGAAAAAAAAA